AUGUUCGCCCCCCUCGGCUUGUUUAAGGACAUACCUUGUCCGGAGGGCCACAGCUGCUCUCUCUUGACUUGCAUGUUCUCUCACAAGGAACUCGCUCCAAUUGAUGAUAGUCAGAAGAUUGCCUCAGCUGUUACCCAUCCAUCAAAUGAGAAGCCCGGAAAUGCUGCCUUGUUUGGGAAGUCAACUCCCACAAUGUCAGCCGCAGCAGAUACGACUGAGAGAGAACCGAAAAUCUUGAAGAGGGAUCCUCCACCAGCCCCAUCCAAAGCUGCAGACUCUGGACCAAGUGUUUCGGCCAAGUCUUCACCUGCACCUCAGCCGUCGGCGCCUUCACAGCCGGUCAAACUACAGUCACUGUCUCGAAGGGUCUCUCCGCCACCGAAACCAGUAUCAACGGCAGUCAAGACGAAUGCGCCUGCGCCUGCAAGGCCCUCAGCGGCGGCGGCGGCGGCGAAGUCGCGCCCGCCGAGGCAGGCUCCCCGGGAAAGUUUGAAUCCCCGCAUGUUGACGAAGGCGCCCGCGCCGCAUGGAACCAGAUUAUCUAUCCUGACGAAACUGCAUGCUGCCAUGUCUUCGCAGAACGAGAAGAUCGCCAAGGACAGAGACAGUAAAGACAAAUGGCUUGUUCUCACACCAAAUGAGCUCGUCACAAUGGCCCUGGACGAAGAGGAGAAGACCGCCCGAGGCAAUCCGAGCAUAUACGCUAAUGUCAUCAAGCUUCGCAUCGUCAGGUUCAUGAAAAUGACUAAAGAGGAAUGGACGACGGAGGUCAAGAAUCAUCUGAACGAGCGGUACUACAAAAUCGACCCCAACGCGGAGCAGUCGAGGCCGCAGGCUCUUAGUACUGGGUUGAGUGCAGAAGCGGAGAUUGCCCUGGCGAGUCAACUGGUUACUCCAGUUGAAGGGCUCGAACAGUUUGGAUAUGUUACAAAGGCACCUUCAGCUGCGGAGGUCGAGAGUGCCAAGAAAGGCGUCGCAGAAUCCAAGGGCUGGGAGAAAUGUGAUCGGUGCGGUGGGAGGUUCCAGGUCUUCCCAGGCCGUCGCGAGGAUGGUUCUUUGACGUCCGGGGGAGAAUGUGUCCACCAUCCCGGGAAGCCGUUCUACCCUCCAAGAAAACAGACGGAUCAUAUAACAGGACACAAAGAAGCUUACUAUUCGUGUUGUAAUGAAACGUUGGGUACUUCUUCCGGCUGCACCAAAGGCAAAACUCAUGUCUACAAGGUGUCAGAAACCAAAAGACUUGCUUCUGUUCUCCAAUUCACGGAGACGCCAGCACAGCCAUUCAAGGGGCCACUUCCACCAGUCUGCUUCGACUGUGAGAUGGGCUAUACCACGUUAGGGUUGGAAUUGAUCCGACUGACCGCGAUCAGCUGGCCUCAGGGCAAGGCACUUUUGGAUGUUCUCGUCAGGCCGAUGGGGGAAGUAUUGGAUUUGAACUCGCGAUUCUCUGGUGUCUUCCCUGAACACUACACCAAAGCUAUGCCCUAUGACGGUUUUCAGAAAGAGACGGAAGCGACACUACAUGAAAAUGGGGAGGUAGAGGAGCCAGCUUUGAAGGUUGUCGAUUCGCCGGCUGCAGCCCGCGCUCUGCUAUUUAGUCAUCUUCAACCGGAUACGCCUCUGAUCGGACAUGCGAUCGACAACGAUCUGAAUGCUUGUCGGAUAAUUCACCCGACAAUCAUCGAUACCGUCAUGCUAUAUCCCCAUCCGCGCGGAUUACCGAAUCGAAUGAGCCUGAAGACCUUAUGCCGAAGACAUCUUGACCGCGACAUACAAACAGGCGGUAGUCUUGGUCAUGAUUCGAAAGAGGACGCAAUUGCUACAGGUGACUUGGUCAGAGUCAAGGCAGUUGAGACCUGGAAGGUCCUGAAAUCGAAAGGCUGGCAGAUCCAAGGCGACAAAUUAGUAGCCCCACCAGGGACAGAGGCAGCUGAGACUGGAUCAUCAGCGGGGAGGCUUGGGCCCGGUGCCGGUCACAAGAGAACGAAUUCUAGUCUGGGGCAUUGA